AUGAUGGGCGCAUUAUCAAGGCCAUCAAUAAAGGCAUCCACAAAGUGGAGUCGGUGGUUAUUGAAGAUCUCCAGGUCCUGCCUGUCGGUGACCCCGUGGUGAACCUGAAAGACAAGGUGGUGUCCAUCCCGCUCCAUCGCUGCGACAGAGCGACAACCUGCAGCGCCUGUGUUGGCCUCCAAGACCCCUACUGUGUGUGGGACGACACACUCAAAUGUAUCAACGCUCACACGGGCUUACAAAGCAUAUCAACAGGAAAACACACAACUUGUGACUAUGAAACCAAUGCAGGUCCGAAUUAUUUUUACAAAAAAUUAGUCGCCUGUCUUGGUUUGAUCUCAGCCAGCACCACAGGGCAAGCUGCUGGUUUGGCUAUCGAGAUCGUCAUCCUCGCCGUCAUCGUUUCCAUCAUUGGCUCGCUGAUCCUCGGCUUCUUCAUGGGUUUCACCUUCCAGGCAUGUAGGUAUGCCCGGGACAGGGACGUCUUCUCCGACAAGAACUACUCCUCUCUUCAGCGAUGCCGCAACAGACUAUCUUCAGGUGACAACCCUUAUUUCCACACUGACCACUCCAACCUGACAUCUAAAACAGAUGAAUUACCUGGUCAACCCAGGCAAGAUUAA